GGGGUCGGGGAAGGGGCCUUGGAGCCCCUGGGGGAGAGAGGCGGAGCUGUUGAGCUGCGGCUGAAGAAGACGUGAGUGCGGAGGCUGAAAGUGCCCUUCAGGAAGACCUGGAGCCGCCGCUUGAAGGGAAGAGUGUCGGCAGCCUGAGGAGAUUUUCUGUGUUGGAAGUACUCCUUCACCGGUGACGAACCUGCCAUCGACCGCAAGGAGAUUUAAGAAAUUGUAGGACUACACAAACAGCCCUGAAUUGCGGAGGACGAAGGAGUUGCGCGGCCCCUUUCCCUCGGCCCUUCUGGAGAGCCGGUCUGACGCGGGUGUUCUUGGGGAGAUCGCCCACCUGCCUGUCUUUCCCUGCUCACUGUACAAGCUGCCCUGCAGCCCAGGGUAGAGGCUGAGGUUUGCUUUUGCAACUAGGGGAGGAGGAGGAUGGGGAAAGAGCAUAGGGAACAGACGUGGUUUCGGGAACGCCACGUUAAAAUCUAGCUUCUCCCAGAGGUACAUAUAAAUAAGUCUUGGCUUAUUCAUAGCUGUUUCUGUCAGACUUCUAUUUUUGCUUUGUUAACUGUGGAUUUGGCCUUUCAUCUCUCUUUAGCCCGUAUUUGUGAACAGACUCUUCUUCCCUAUCCUAUUAUUUACCACUCCCCCCCCACCCCCAUUACAGAGUUGCGGUAGAAUUUCAAUAGCAUGACUACUUUCAGGAAGAAAUAAAGGAAUAAAGGGAAAACGGUUAGGAGUAUUAGACAUGAGAAAAAGCUCCUUUGUCAGAGUGCAACAAAAUUGUGAUUGCUGAAACUGUGCAGGAACCUUGGGAAUGCCACAAGUCAUGGAAAUUGAGUCAAGUCACCCGAGAAGAAGUUCAAAGAAAUAGCCUGUGUGAGACCACGGAGGACAACUGGCUGUGGUGGUUGAGCAACCGAGAUAGGAGAGGCUGAAGAGUGGAAAAGAAGAGGCCUGUGUAAAGGUCACCUGUAACAUUCUAACCAGAGCGGCAAACCCCAGUUGUAAUGGGAGAGUUUAAAAUGAAACUAGGGAAAGUGAUUAUUAGUUUAUUUUAAAAGCCUAGAAGACUAAAUUAAUUUAUUUACUUAAGGAGUUUGUGGCUUUUAUUAGAGUCGUCCAUCAUUGUUUCCGAGAACUUUUGGAGAGGAUGGGAAGUUGCUGAUAUAUGGCUCAGUUUUAUUUUUGGAAAAUAGUAACGGGUGCUCAUGUUCCUACACUUCACUAUUAACAUAUGUUAGCCUUUUGUCUGUUUGCUUCAGUUCUAUUUAAAAAUCGAAAUAAACACGAUAGGUAAGGCUGUGAAGUACCACAUGAAUCUUUCUUCCAUUCAUCUUUUUUCCUCAAAGGUAGCCGCUAUCAUGUGUGUGUGUGUGUGUGUGUGUGUGUGUAUUACUGGUAAUUAAACCAGGGCCUUUGUACUGGGCUACAUUCCCAACUCUUUAUUUUGAGACAGGGUCUUGCUAACUUGCAAAAUUUCAUAGGCUUGGCUCAAACUUGCCAUUCUCUUGCUCCAGCCUCCCAGAGUGCUGGGAUUACAGGCAUGUGCCACCAGGCCCAGUUUAUAUCAUAAAUUUGUUGCCUUUCUUCCCACUUUAUGUUUUUAUACUUCUAACUAUAUAUGCAGUCAUAAAAUGUGUAAUAUUGUUUAUACAAGUAGAGUUGUAGUCUGUGUGUAUCUCUGGUUUGCAUUUGGAAGCUGUCCAUUACAUGUAGCUCUGAUUCAUUUUUAAAGUUACUAUUAGUCUGUUAUUUCAUAUACUGCAUUGUAUUUAUCCAUUCUUCUGUUUAUGGCAUCUGAAUUGUUUGCAGUUUUUCCAUGAGCAGCCAUGAGGUUAGGAAGGUGAAGAACUGCAUUGCACAUGUAUUCUUACAGAGAAGCAUUUCUGUACAGCAAGAUGUCUCUACUUUGGCACUAUUGACAUUUUGGACAUACUGACAUCUUUGUCGUGGGAACAUCAUAUACUUUCAGUAAUGUUUAACAACUCCCUUGCCCUCCACUUAUUAGAUGCCUGUAGCAACAUCCCAACUAAGACAAAAGUGUCUCUGUCAGAUGUUUUCUGUACAGGAAAAUCACAGCUGAUUGAGAACUACAUCUCUGGGUGUAUGUAUGCGCAAGUGAAACUGCUAGCUUGGUCUGACUUGUUAUAGUUUUAGGAUGGUCCUACUGAUGUGGCUUUAGGCAGGAUUUUUUUGUUUUCUCACUGUAGCUCCUGGUAUGAAAGACUUUGCCCUAGGCCAACACUGGUUUUGUAGUAUUGGGAUGGUGGAUAGAACACUGUGGUUUCUGUUUACACUGUUGUUUUUGUUUUUUGAGACAGGGUCUGUCCAUGUAGUUCAGGGGGCCUUGAACUCACUAUAUAGCCCAGGCUGGCCUCAACUCACAGUGAUCCUCCUGCUUUAGUCUCCCAAGAGCCAGGAUUAUAAGCGUGGGCCACCACACCUGGCUUGUGGGUUCAGCACCCCCCCAUACUGGGAAUCGAACUCAGGACCUUGCGCUUACCAGGCAGGUGCGGUGCUGCUGAGCUGCAUCCCUGGCCCAUGUGGUUUCAGUUUGAGAAUCAACUAGAGUCAGCUGUGGAGAUGCUUGCAUCAUCAGCAAUCUGAUUAGCACUAAGCUUCUUUCCCUGAGCUGGAAGCACAGAGGACUGUCAUAGUCUGAUGUAAUGCUCAGGAAGGAGGGUUCCCUCAAGGAAUGUUUUUUAACUAAUCCUUGGUAGGAAUGGAGAUGGACUUUAAGGACCGAGGCAACUGAGUUGUCUCUCAUCUGCUCUUGAGUUAAAUCUUUAGUUCAUCACUGCUGUGGGGAGGUGGAGAAGGGCUAAGAGCAUUGCAAAUGAACCCAGAAUUUGAAGUGUCACUCUAAUCUUCUCUUCUGGCAGGAGUCAACAGUAGUCUUCCUUGAAGAACUGCCUCUCCCAUUGCUGCCUGGAGUUAACAUUUCCUGCUGGCAGAAUCAGGGACAUGCCAGCACCGUAAGGCUUCCCAUCCCAAUCUUCUUACUGAUGUCUGGGUUGGGGUGGAGUGAGUAGGAAAGAAAAAAAAGACCUUCCUUUCCUUUCAUGGCUCUGACAUCAUUUCAAAUCAUAGUCCAUGGCCUCCUUUCUUGUUGAUCAUCCUUCCUAUAGCAUUGUUUCUUGUUUCCCCUUGUACCCUUGUAGUUCCCUCUUUAUUUUCUAGCUCUCCAUAUCCUAUUCCCAUCCACUGCCGAGGGGUUUGGACUCUGAGCUGAUGGGGUGCCCACCUCUGCAGAGCGGGAUGAGUGGGCGUUCCGGUGGGAAUGUGGUCGUUGCCGGCCAGUGAGGACGAGAGCACCACGGCCCACUUCUUCCUUGGAGCUGGAGAUGCGGGGCUGGGCACCCGCGGCACAGGCAUGAGGACAGAAGAGCGUGACAGUGAGCUCCUUGAGGACGAGGAGGAUGAAGUGCCUCCUGAACCUCAAAUCAUUGUUGGCAUCUGUGCCAUGACUAAGAAAUCCAAGUCUAAGCCAAUGACCCAAAUCCUAGAGCGACUCUGCAGAUUUGACUACCUGACUGUGAUCAUCCUGGGAGAAGAUGUGAUCCUCAAUGAACCUGUGGAGAACUGGCCGUCCUGCCACUGCCUCAUCUCUUUCCACUCCAAAGGCUUUCCUCUGGACAAGGCUGUUGCUUACUCCAAGCUUCGAAACCCCUUUCUUAUCAAUGAUCUGGCCAUGCAGUAUUACAUCCAAGACAGGAGGGAGGUGUACCGGAUCCUGCAGGAGGAAGGUAUUGAUCUGCCUCGGUAUGCCGUGCUCAACCGUGACCCUGCCCGGCCCGAGGAGUGCAGCCUGAUAGAAGGUGAAGACCAGGUCGAGGUCAACGGUGCCGUCUUCCCCAAGCCCUUCGUGGAGAAGCCAGUGAGCGCCGAGGACCACAACGUCUACAUCUACUACCCCAGCUCGGCCGGAGGAGGGAGCCAGCGCCUCUUCCGGAAGAUCGGCAGCCGAAGCAGCGUUUAUUCUCCCGAGAGCAGCGUCCGGAAGACAGGGUCAUACAUCUAUGAGGAGUUCAUGCCAACAGACGGCACAGAUGUCAAGGUGUACACAGUGGGGCCAGAUUAUGCCCAUGCUGAAGCUAGGAAAUCUCCAGCUUUGGAUGGGAAGGUGGAACGAGACAGUGAGGGGAAAGAGGUUCGAUACCCAGUCAUGCUGACUGCCAUGGAAAAGUUGGUGGCCAGGAAAGUCUGCGUAGCUUUCAAGCAAACAGUUUGUGGCUUUGACCUUCUUCGGGCCAAUGGUCACUCCUUUGUGUGUGAUGUCAAUGGCUUCAGUUUUGUCAAGAAUUCAAUGAAAUACUACGAUGACUGUGCCAAGAUUCUGGGGAACACCAUCAUGCGAGAGCUUGCUCCCCAGUUCCAGAUUCCAUGGUCCAUCCCCACAGAAGCAGAAGAUAUUCCCAUUGUCCCUACCACAUCUGGCACUAUGAUGGAACUGCGCUGUGUCAUUGCAAUUAUCCGUCAUGGGGAUCGCACCCCCAAGCAGAAGAUGAAGAUGGAGGUGACACAUCCCAGGUUUUUCACACUAUUUGAAAAACACGGUGGAUGCAAGACUGGGAAAUUAAAACUCAAGCGACCUGAGCAGCUCCAGGAGGUACUGGACAUUACACGGCUGUUGUUGGCUGAACUGGAGAAAGAGCCAAGUGGUGAGAUCGAGGAGAAGACUGGGAAGCUAGAGCAGCUGAAAUCUGUGUUGGAGAUGUACGGCCACUUCUCAGGUAUCAACCGGAAGGUGCAGCUGACUUACUACCCUCAUGGAGUGAAAGCUUCUAAUGAGGGGCAAGGUCUGCAGAGGGUGGCUCUCGCCCCGUCCCUGUUGCUGGUGCUGAAGUGGGGUGGAGAGCUGACUCCUGAUGGCCGAGUGCAGGCUGAGGAGCUGGGCCGGGCCUUUCGCUGCAUGUACCCUGGAGGGCAGGGCGACUAUGCUGGCUUUCCUGGUUGUGGGCUGCUUCGCCUUCACAGCACUUUCCGCCAUGACCUCAAGAUCUACGCCUCUGAUGAGGGCCGUGUCCAGAUGACGGCUGCUGCCUUUGCCAAGGGCCUGCUGGCUCUAGAAGGGGAGCUGACACCCAUUUUGGUACAAAUGGUGAAGAGUGCCAACAUGAACGGGCUCCUGGACAGUGACGGGGAGUCCCUGAGCAGCUGCCAGCACCGGGUGAAGGCCAGGCUCCAUCACAUUCUACAGCAGGAUGCACCCUUUGGCCCCGAGGACUACGACCAGUUGGCUCCCACAGGAAGCACUUCCCUGCUUAACUCCAUGAGUAUCAUUCAGAACCCUGUGAAAGUCUGUGAUCAGGUAUUUGCCCUGAUUGAAAACCUCACUCACCAGAUCCGGGAGCGGAUGCAGGAUCCCAAGUCUGUAGACCUGCAGCUCUACCACAGUGAGACCCUAGAGCUCAUGCUGCAGCGCUGGAGCAAGCUAGAGCGUGACUUUCGGCAGAAGAGUGGGCGCUAUGAUAUCAGUAAGAUCCCUGACAUCUACGACUGUGUCAAGUAUGAUGUGCAGCACAAUGGGAGACUGGGCCUCCAGGGCACAGCGGAGCUGCUUCGUCUCUCAAAGGCACUGGCGGAUGUGGUCAUUCCCCAGGAAUACGGGAUUAGUCGGGAGGAGAAGCUGGAAAUCGCCAUCGGCUUCUGUCUUCCACUGUUGCGGAAGAUACUGCUUGACCUGCAGAGAACCCACGAGGAUGAGUACUCUCGAGGGGUGCUCUCCCCAGGCCGCCACGUUCGAACACGGCUCUAUUUUACCAGCGAAAGCCACGUCCACUCCCUACUCAGCGUCUUCCGUUAUGGGGGGCUCCUCAAUGAGACCCAGGACACACAGUGGCAGCGAGCUUUGGCUUACCUGAGCGCCAUCUCAGAGCUCAACUACAUGACCCAGAUUGUCAUCAUGCUUUAUGAGGACAACACACAGGACCCCUUGUCAGAGGAGCGGUUCCACGUGGAGCUGCACUUCAGCCCUGGCGUGAAAGGUGUUGAGGAAGAAGGCAGCGUCCCCACUGGCUGUGGGUUCCGUCCAGCCUCUUCUGAGAAUGAAGAGAGGAAAACAGAUCAAGGCAGCAUGGAGAACCUAUGCCCGGGGAAGGGCUCAGAUGAACCGGACCGGGCACUGCAGACUUCACCUCAGCCGCCUGAGGGCCCUGGGCUCCCUAGGAGAUCACCUCUCAUUCGUAACCGGAAAGCUGGCUCUAUGGAGGUCAUGAACAUGCAGUGCACAGGGAGCCUGGACCUGAUCCCCUUGAGGGGGCGGCACCGCAGGAGGUCCGGAGACCUCCCCCGGCCUUCCCCAGCCAUCGGCCUGCAGCCCCAGGCUCUGUCCACCACUCCCCUGGCAUCCUGCACACAGGUGCUUUCUGAAACUUCCUCCUCAAGGCCUGGUGGUUAUCGGCUCUUUUCAUCUUCUCGCCCACCAACAGAGAUGAAGCAGAGUGGCCUAGGCUCGCAGUGCACAGGGCUGUUCAGCACCACAGUGCUGGGUGGCUCCUCCAGCGCCCCGAAUCUUCAGGACUACGCCCGCAGCCAUGGCAAAAAGCUGCCACCUGCCAGUCUGAAGCACCGAGAUGAGCUCUUGUUUGUCCCGGCCGUAAAACGAUUUUCUGUGUCGUUUGCAAAGCAUCCGACUAACGAGCUGCUGGAUGACCAGCACCCUGUGGUCCGGUUGCUGCGUGGUUUUUCCUCUGACUGCCCAGGGUGCCGGCCGGUCUCCUUGGAUGCUGCACUGGCACAUCAUCUGCACCAGUGCUCCUACCACCUGCGCCUCUUCCGGAACUGGCUCCACUCAGGCCAGGAUGAUCCUGAGUGCCUCUACGGAUUUGAAGGGUGCUCCAUGGUACCUACCAUAUACCCCCUGGAAACACUGCAUAAUGCUCUUUCCUUGCACCAAGUGAGUGAAUUCUUGAGUAGAGUCUGCCAGCGCCACACAGAGGCCCACGCACAGGCAUCUGCAGCCCUCUUUGAAUCUAUGCACUGCACCCAGGCCUCCGAGGGCCCAUUUUCCCCGCCCCGCGCGCUUCAUUCACCCCCCCUGCAGCUCCAGCAGCGCUCUGAGAAGCCUCCGUGGUAUAGCAGUGGCCCUUCCAGUACUGUGUCCAGUGCUGGUCCUUCCUCUCCUACCACUGUGGAUGGCAAUUCCCAUUUUGGCUUCAGUGACCAACCCUUCCUUCAUGCACAUGUGACUGAAAAGAGUCAAGGACUUGAGCUGCUCCAGGGGCCCCCUGGACAUAGUACACAAGAGCUCCCCAUAGGAGGGCAGCAAGAGCUUUUUGAACCAAACCAGUCCCUGCAGGAGUCAUCUGUGGAAACCAACAAGCCAGGAGGCCAGGAGAUUGCUGAGGUCAGCCAGCCAUACCAGAAGAGCCAUGACUCUGUUAACCACACAUGCCAGCCAUGCCAGAAGGCCAGCCAACCGUACCAGAAAGUCUCAGAGGAAACUUGGCAGGUUUUCCAGGAGAAGCCUGAGGAGGUCAGCCAGCCAAACCAGGGGGUCCCUGUGGAGGCUGACAGGCUGGUCCAUGGGUUCCCUGAGGGGCUUGGGGGCCCAGUCCAGGAAACCCUUGUGGAAGUUCACAGACCAAACCAAGAGACUCCUAAAGAGCCCAGCCAGCCAUACCAGGAGUUCUUUGUAGCGGUUGGUAGAUUGGCCCAAGAGGCUUCUGUGGUCAGUCUGUCAUCUCAGGACAUCUCUGAGGUUGAUAAACCAUCCCAGGAGCUCCCUGCAGUGAUAGAUUUGCAGGCCCAGGAAGUCCCUGAGGAGGUUAAUGAGCAGGCUUGCGUGGUCCCUGAGGUGACCAAUCAGCUGCCUAGAGAGGAUGUUCCCCAAGCCCAGUGUCUGCUGAGUGACCCAGACCCUCAAAGCCAGUCUCUAGCCCAUGGCCAGCACUCACCCCUUUCACCAGCAACCUGCGAUCAACCAUCUUCUCACUAAUGGUGUCUCCCUGCACCAGCCGUGUGCCAGCAGCCUUUCCUGUUGACUCUCACCAGCCAGAGAGAGGAGCGGCCCGCCACAGAGAUGUCUGAGGGAGCUGGCCUCGAUAUGAAGCACACACUCGUGUCAGUGCUCCGCUGGGGGAAGGUCAGUUCCAUGUUCAGAACGGCCUUCGGCUCCUUCCUUAGCCAUUAGAUUGCAGCAGGAUUUUCUUGGGGUAACUCAUCUGUCCUUACCUAACCUACUCUGAGCACUGCAGGAAAUUCCAGAUUGUUACAGGAAAUGGCGCUUACCUGCUAAAGAUACCAAUGAGGGCCAGCAAGUGUGAGAAGGGACGCCAGAGCCAUUCUGUGGGAAAACAUCCACCACUUUUAAAGGUACCCUCUAGAUCAUGUGUGCCAGGGUCAGCCAGGAUGGCCAUCUGAAACGUCUGGAAGACAGUUCCCUUCCCAAACAAAUGUCUGUCAGAGCCACUACUCUCAGACUGACCUUACGGGUGUUUCCAUAUCAUCUCCGGGUGCCCCCUGUGCCCAGUUCUGCUCCUCUACACAAUUGUUUUAGGGAAAAGUAGGUAUUAGUUUGCUGAGCAGCUCCUGGCCAUGCCCUGAAACUGGGCCCCCUUUGCUGUGGAGCUUUUUUGGCCUACAAGAUGCUAUCGUAGACAGAAUCAGGUUCUAUUUUAAGAGAUUAGCAGAGAUCAAUAUUGUAAAGAUGAGAACAUAAAUAUUUCUCUAAUUUGCCAGGGACAAAGCACAGACUGGCCAAAGACCAAACACUCCAGAGUCCCCACAAAGUUUGUUUUAUAUCAUGUGUUUUUAAGACCAGAUGUGAUUAUGAAGCUUUUCCCAAAGAUCUGGGGAUGGAGUGGGGGUGGGUAGAAGGGAUAAUGCAGUCAUUAGAGUCGGGGGCCGGAACAUUUUGAGUGCUUAAUAAAUAUGAAGUAAUCAGAA